AUGGCCACGGAAGACGAAAGAUACCGGCAGUCGAGCCAGUUUCGCCUCUGGUCCUUCUCGCCCACCAGCUUGCGGGAGCUUCGAAUCAAGACCAACGACCUCGCCAAGCAGCAGAUUGCGCCGCGAUUCGCCGCCGAUGCGCAGCCCGAAUUCCUGACGCCCGGCGAAGAGUCCACGCUGGUGCAAUUCUUCACCACCGAGCUGAUCCGCGCCGCCCAGUUCUGCGAGCUCCCGACCGAGAUCCGAUCCACGGCCGCCGUCUUCUUUCGCAGAUUCUACAUUACAAACUCGGUCAUGACGUACCCUCCUACGGAGCUGUUGAAGACGUCGCUGUUUUUCGGGUGCAAGGCGGAGGGCUACUAUAUUCGGCUGGCGAAGCUGGCGGAGAUGUUUCCCAACACAACGAGCGAGCAGAUUCUGGCGGGCGAGUUUUUGCUUUGCCAGGGCAUUCGAUUCGCGUUUGACGUGCGGCAUCCGUUUAGAGCGCUCGAGGGCGCUAUUCUAGAGUUGAGGAAGCGUCUGCCGGAGGAGGAGGGCAGGGUUGCCAAGGCCCACGCGAUGGCUCGCGAUAUUCUCAAGUUCUCCCCGCUGCUGACGGAUGCCUACUUUCACUAUACGCCGAGCCAGAUCAUGAUGGCGUCUUUGUUGAUGGUGGAUCAGGGGCUUGUGGAGAUUUUGAUUCCUGCUGGGUCUCAAACUGGGGAGGAUGGGAACAAACACAUGGGAUCGAAUGCGGAGAUGCGGGAGAAGAUUAUGAGGACGAUUGAGAGCUGUCGGUCUAUGCUGGAGAAGGAGCCUCCGCAGCGGAUGAAGGAGUACUGGGAGACGCCCGAACUCGUCAAAUCCUUGAAACCUCUUCGAAAGAAGCUACAAAAGUGCAGGGAUACGGACAGAGCGGAUCUGGUGGCUCUGCAGCGGGCGAGACGCGAGCAGGCGACGACAAAGGUCAAGAAGCCGACGACGACGGGAACAGGGACGGUGCAGAGCGAUGGAGCGGUCUUUGGGGAGGCGAUGGCGGUGGAUGCGAGGGACACGAAGAGGAGGAAGUUGGAGGGUGGCGGUGACUUGUUUGGGCCGCCUUUGUGA